AUGCCGAAGCCAGAGGCUCAGAAGAUCCCGGUGACGCUGGUCACCGGCUUCCUGGGAGCCGGCAAGACCACCCUUCUCAACCACAUCCUGCGGCAAAAGGGCAACAAGCGGGUGGCGGUGAUUGAGAAUGAGGUCGGCGAGAUCAACAUAGACAACAGCCUCGUGGUGGACAACCUUCUGUCCAAGGAGGACCUUGUGUCCAUGGACCGCGGCUGCGUGUGCUGCUCGCUGCGCAACGACAUUGUGGGGGCGCUGCGCGAGCUGCAGUCUCGCGCCGCCUCCCGCGACAUCGCCUACGACGCCAUCCUGCUGGAGACGACGGGCCUGGCCGACCCCGCCCCCGUCGCCUUCACCUUCUUCGCCAACUCCUGGAUCUCGGCCAACUACCGCCUCGACUCCAUACUCUGCCUGGUGGACGCCGAGCACCUGCGGGAGCACCUGGAGGAUGCGGAGGGCGGCGACGUGAACGAAGCGGUCAACCAGAUUGCCUUUGCCGACAUCAUCCUGCUCAACAAGAUCGACCUGGUGUCUGAGGAGGAGGUGCAGAAGGCGCGCGACAUGGUGCGCUCCAUCAACGUCACCGCAGACCUGGUGGAGGUGGCGCUGGCGGGGGACGCGCAGCCCGGCGUGGGCGAGCAGCUGGCCUGGGACCGACUCAUGGGCAUCAACUCCUUCUCCAUUGAGAGGGCGCUGCAGGUGGACCCCUACUUCAUGGACUCAGACUCGGAGGAGGAGGCGGAGGAGGGGGAGGGAGGCGCGCAGCAGCAGGGCGCGCCCCCCGCGGCGGCGGCGCAGGCGGUGGAGGCCGCGCGCGUGGCGGCCAGCCUGCGCGCCGCCAAGCGCGGGCGCGAGGAGGAGCGCGCGCAGCCGCAGGUGGGCGCCACCGCGGCCGCCGGCCAGCUGGGCGAGUGCGGCAGCCACCCGGGGCCCUGCACCGAGGCAUGCCGCGACGCCGAGGCGGAUGAGGCGGCGAGGAGCCACAAGUCGGCGGCGCGGAGCCAGCGCCAGCCGGAGGCCGCUGCGGCCGGCUCCCAGCGGCAGCCCAAGCGGCGCCGCAAGAAGCUGCACGACCUGAGCGGGGUGGGCAGCGUGGGCAUCACUGCGCGCGGCGCCCUGGACAAGUACCGCUUCAACAUGUUCAUGCGGGACCUGCUGGGCGAGAAGGCGCGCGACAUCUUCCGCUCCAAGGGCGUGCUGUGCAUCAAGGGCCAGGAGGCGGUCAAGUUUGUGUUCCAGGGCGUGCACGAGACAAUUUGCUUCGGCCCCGCCGCCUCGGGGUGGCAGGCGGGGGAGGAGCCCAUCAACCAGAUUGUCUUCAUCGGCCGCGACCUCGACCGCAAGGCCCUGGCCGAGGGCUUCCGCUCCUGCGUGUGGGUGGACCUGCCCGAGGGCUGGACCGAGCACCACGACCCGCGCAGCAAGCAGCCCUACUACGUCAACGGCGCCACGGGCGCCAAGCAGUGGGACCGACCCCUCAUCGCCUGCGCCCUGGUGCAGAGCACGGAGGCCAGCCACCAGCAGCCGCACGCGCUGCAGCCGCGCCGCGGAUCCGACGGCGACGUCGUGCCGGCGCAGGCCUGA